AAAAAAUACAAGUUUAAGGCCAAGAUUCUUAAUUCCCUAUUUUUUUUUAAAAAACAAAAAAAAUCUCCCCCAGAUUAAAAACAAAAGUAUUUUUGUUUCGCGAAGAACAGUGAGGCCAGGAAUGGAAAUCCAGUGAAUAUUUCUGAUCUGUGUGGAUUCCUGGGAUAAGGUGCAUCUCUCAGAACUUAGCACCAGGCGCGAUCCGCAAUAACAGGUAACAGGGAUCUCGCACACUGGUGAGGCCACCCCCAAACCUCUGAUGACCCAAUAGUAAAGUGAUGGCAGUGUUGCAGACCGACCUGUCCGCUAUAGGAUGGAGUUGGCUGGCUGUACUAGUUGUUGCGGGAUCACUGAUGACCAUUGUGCUGGGGCUGACAGCUGACUUUAUAAAGGAUUGCUGCAAGAAAGCAUUUAAUGUGGAAAAUGAAGAUCAUGAGGAAAUUCCUGAGGAGCCUAAAGGUGCCUCUUCGCUGCAAGAGGUCACGUCUGGUCCAAUGAAGAUGGGGUGCACGGAGGAUAUCCUGCUGUCAAAGCUGCCUCUGGAUGGCAGGGAGGUGCCCUUUGUGGUCCCAAACCUUCAAGCAUCCUACAUUCAGCCCAACGUUCAACGGAACUACAGCUAUGCAGAGGCCAAGCCAGGUUUCUCGAGGACCUCCUAUGUUGAGAGGAAGCUGGAGAUGACGGGUGGGCUUCAGUGUAUGCAGGAAAUUGACGAGGUGUACAAUCCCAACUUCGUGUUGCAGUCGGUGGGGGCCAGUAGAGGGCCCGGACCCCUGGGGAACACUGCGGGGCCAUACGGCUCAGUGUGGGACCUGAGGAGCCCCAAGCUGUCUGGCCAGGCAGCUCUCAGCAGCUCUAUGUUUGAUCUGUCCACAGCGCAACAUCGAACCCAGAGAUUCAGCUCCACGUCCAGUAUCAACAGCAGCGUGUCGUCCAUGAUGGAUUUCCAGGGAAGCAGUCGCAGUCUAGAUAGUCCUCUGGACGAUUUGGGAAAACUGACCCUGAAGCUCAGCUACAAGCCAUCGAGGGAGCAAAUCUGGAUCACCGUGGUCCAGGUGAAAGAUUUGUACCUGGGCUGCAAACCCACAGACAAAGUGAACAUUUAUCUGAAAGGAACAAUAACGUUACCCAAACCAGUGCACUUUAAAACGUCUGUCAAAGAGGCGACCAGUGACCAGCUGUUCAUGGAGACGUUUGUGUUUAAUAUCAAGCUCUCCAUCCUCCAGACACAUGGCCUCGUCUUCAAGGUUGUGGCUCAGACCUCGCGGAAAAGGCCAGUGGGCGAGUGCUCAGUCUCUCUCCGAGAGCUCAGCGAUGUGGAGUCUGACCUCUGCCUGGAGAUUCUCCCCCCUUCCAAAACCCCAACCUGCCAUGCCCUGCUGCACAUCGGGACCUGCUUCCAGGCUAUCAGCAACCGCAUCCAAUUGCAGGUCCUCGAGGCUCAGAACCUGCCCACCUCCUCCACACCUCUGACACUCAAUUUCUUUGUGAAGGCCAUGAUGGACUGCAGGGACGGGCUGAUUAACAAGAAGAAAACUCGGCCUCUGAAAUCUGUCAACGGGAAGGUGAAGUGGGGAGAGACCUUCCUGUUCCCCGUCUUACAGAACCAGCCGGACCUCGAGGGUCUCAGCUUCACCCUCAAACUGUACAGCAGGAGCUCAGUCAGAAGGAAGCACCUUUUGGGGCAGAUGAAAUAGCAAUACUACCUGAAAUUCCUCAACAAGCUCACAGAAUGACACUCCAGGAAUAACCGUUACUCUGAAAUGAUACAGUUCAGAACCCUGCAUUGUAGGUAAACAAACUGUUAGAUAAUAAUAAUAAUCCUUACAUCUCAUAUAGCAUCUUUCAUGUCAGGUGGAUGUCUCAAAAUGCUUCACAGGAUAUACUGUAAAGUGUAGUGACUAGCUUGUAGGUUAAUGCAGUAACCGAUGUUGUGUAACCAGCCAGAACACUCCCUUAGAAGUCCUGACAUUGGGCGUGAAAACCACAACUUUCUGACUAAGAAACAAAUGAGCCAUCUGACACACAAACACGCAAUCCUGUACAAUAAGUGUAUUCUUGUAAAUACUAGAGUGAGAGAAUACAUCUCUAUAUCCAUCCUAAAUUCCUCUAAUUCAGUCAUUACUCUGAUAGAUUUACAGUUUUCUACAACAAAACACCUGGAUUAGGUAUACGGAAUACUUACAAGCAAUUUGAGAAACAAUCCCUGUGCACUAUAAGGAAUGCUGCUGAGUGUGAGACUGAAAUACUUCCUUAGUUUUUUCAAGCUUGGAUCAAUAUUGUUACCUAGAGGGUAAAAUAAUGCUAUUCACAUAAUUAUCACAAUUAAGCAAUUCAACUGUUAAAUGUUUUUAUUAAUUAUUUAAAGAGUUGCUCAACAUUUAAAAUAUUGUUCAAUAUUCACUUCCUUGAUUGGAGCAAUAACAAAUAUUACUUGAUGUAAUUCAGAUUACAAGGUGCCAUAAUUGCAGAUAGUCACAAUAAACACUUUUUAUUUCCUAACACUAAGCUGGUUACUCACUUCUCCAUAUAACUAUUAGUCUACUUAUUUAAGGAUUUACUUUAAAAACACAUGAAUAACUGUAGCAUGAAACUUCU